CGUCAACCUCUGCUGUUGAUGCCAAGCAAAAUUCAAAGGCAUCCGAAGAAGAACGACAUGAUCAAGUUUCCCUCGGAGAGUAUUUUGUUGUGUUUACCUUUAUGGCUUUCUCUCUAUUGAUACAUUUGUACUUACCAUUCCCAAGUACCUAUGUUUUCAAAGCCUACUUUAUUUAUUUUGUUUUCCAAUAUGCACUGGCUAGAUUCUUACCUGGUACUAUAGUAAAGGGUCUGCCUUUGGAGGAUGGUACUGUGUUGGAGUAUAAUUGUAAUGGACUGCAAGCUUACUUGAUUACGUUAUCUUUGUUUUUGGCUGGUGGACAUGUUGGUUGGUGGAAGUACUCAAUUGUCUAUGAUCACUUGUUGGAAUUUGUGGCUGUUACUAGUAUUUUCCAUUGGUGUUAUUGGUCAAUUGUUUUUAUCAAAGGAAGAAUGUUAAAGAAGAGAGAAUAUAAUGAUGGAUUAAUUAGAGAAGUUUGGUUGGGUGCUGAAAGAAAUCCAAGAAUUCUUGGAGUUGAUUGUAAAUUAUUCUUUGAUGGAAGACCAAGUUUACUCACAUGGGUUGUUGUUGCAUUCUCAUAUGCAUCAGUUCAAUAUGAAAAGUAUGGUGCCUUCAGUACUCCAAUGCUUAUUUAUUUAAUCUUUUCAUUCUUGUACAUGUUGGAUUUCUUUGUAACUGAGAAUCAAUUCAUUACUGGAUUCGAAAUUUAUCAAGAAAGAUUUGGAUUUAUGUUAUCUUGGGGUAACUUUGUUUGGAUGCCAUUUGUCUGUACUGCUCAAGCUUAUUAUCUUAUUGAGUGGAGUGAACUUCCAACAUGGGGAAGCAUUGCUGUUUGUCUUUUGUGGUUAUUUGGUUAUGUUGUUGCUAGACUUUCAAAUGCUCAAAAGGAUAAAUUCAAGAGAGAACCAAAUGCUCCAUUCUUGGGUAUCAAGUCAAGGUAUAUUGAAACUCCUGAAGGAAAGAAGGUUCUUACAAGUGGAUUCUGGGCAUUGUCUCGUCAUCCAAAUUAUUUUGGUGAAUUGGCAAACUCACUUUCAUUCGGAUUGAUGUGUGGAUUUGAUAAGGGCAUUUUCCCUUACGCUUACAGCAUUUUCAUUUGGACCUUGUUGUUUACAAGAUACGAAAGAGACCACAGAAAGAUGGCUGUCAAGUAUGGUGCCUCAUUUGACAAGUACUGUAAAGAAGUCAAGUACAAGAUCAUUCCAUAUUUAUACUAAAUUCAAUCAACUUGGGUU